AUGCAAAUCACUGAGGCAGACAACCAGCGCGUUCCCACCUCUCCAAAGUACCCACCAAUCUGCCACCCUGGAGUCCUCAGCACUGAGGCGCCUGUUUCUACACCCAGUCCAACGUUCAGUCCAACACCCAGUCCAACAUCCAGUCCAACAUCCAGUCCAACACCCAGUUCUACACCCAGUCCAACGUUCAGUCCAACACCCAGUCCAACACCCAGUUCUACACCCAGUCCAACGUUCAGUCCAACACCCAGUCCAACAUCCAGCUCUAUGCCCAGUCCAACAUCCAGUUCUACACCCAGUCCAACAUCCAGUUCGACACCCAGUCCAACAUCCUGUCCUACACCCAGUCCAACACCCAGUCCAAAACCCAGUCCAACAUCCAGUCCAACACCCAGUUCUACACCCAGUCCAACGUUCAGUCCAGCACCCAGUCCAACAUCCAGCUCUACGCCCAGUCCAACAUCCAGUUCUACACCCAGUCCAAAAUCCAGUCUAACACCCAGUUCUACAUCCAGUCCAACACCCAGUCCAACACCCAGUCCAACAUCCAGUCCUACACCCAGUCCAACAUCCAGUCCUACAACUAGUCCAACUCCCAGUCCAACAUCCAGUCCAACAUCCAGUCCAACAUUCAGUCCAACACCCAGUCCAGCAUCCAGUUAUACGCCCAGUCCAACACCCAGUCCAACAUCCAGUCCAACAUCCAGCUCUAUGCCCAGUCCAACAUCCAGUUCUAUGCCCAGUCCAACAUCCAGUCCAACACCCAGUUCUACAUCCAGUCCUACACCCAGUCCAACAUCCAGUCCAACACCCAGUUCUACAUCCAGUCCUACACUCAGUCCAACACCCAGUCCAACAUCCAGUCCUACACCUAGUCCAACUCCUAGUCCAACAUCCAGUCCAACAUCCAACUCUAUGCCCAGUCCAACAUCCAGUUCUAUGCCCAGUCCAACAUCCAGUCCAACACCCAGUCCAACAUCCAGUCCAACACCCAGUCCAACACCCAGUCCAACACCCAGUUCUACACCCAGUCCAACAUCCAGUUCGACACCCAGUCCAACAUCCUGUCCUACACCCAGUCCAACACCCAGUCCAAAACCCAGUCCAACAUCCAGUCCAACACCCAGUUCUACACCCAGUCCAACUCCAACACCCAGUCCAACACCCAGUCCAACACCCAGUCCAACACCCAGUCCAACAUCCAGUCCUACACCCAGUCCAACAUCCAGUCCUACAACUAGUCCAACUCCCAGUCCAACAUCCAGUCCAACAUCCAGUCCAACAUUCAGUCCAACACCCAGUCCAGCAUCCAGUUAUACGCCCAGUCCAACACCCAGUCCAACAUCCAGUCCAACAUCCAGCUCUAUGCCCAGUCCAACAUCCAGUUCUAUGCCCAGUCCAACAUCCAGUCCAACACCCAGUUCUACAUCCAGUCCUACACCCAGUCCAACAUCCAGUCCAACACCCAGUUCUACAUCCAGUCCUACACUCAGUCCAACACCCAGUCCAACAUCCAGUCCUACACCUAGUCCAACUCCUAGUCCAACAUCCAGUCCAACAUCCAACUCUAUGCCCAGUCCAACAUCCAGUUCUAUGCCCAGUCCAACAUCCAGUCCAACACCCAGUCCAACAUCCAGUCCAACACCCAGUCCAACACCCAGUCCAACACCCAGUUCUACACCCAGUCCAACGUUAAGUCCAACACCCAGUCCAACAUCCAGCUCUACGCCCAGUCCAACAUCCAGUUCUACACCCAGUCCAAAAUCCAGUCUAACACCCAGUUCUACAUCCAGUCCUACACCCAGUCCAACACCCAGUCCAACAUCCAGUCCAACACCCAGUCCAACAUCCAGUCCUACACCCAGUCCAACAUCCAGUCCUACAACUAGUCCAACUCCCAGUCCAACAUCCAGUCCAACAUCCAGUCCAACAUUCAGUCCAACACCCAGUCCAGCAUCCAGUUAUACGCCCAGUCCAACACCCAGUCCAACACCCAGUCCAACAUCCAGUCCUACACCCAGUCCUACACCCAGUCCAACAUCCAGUCCAACAUCCAGUUCUACACCCAGUCCAACAUUCAGUCCAACACCCAGUUCUACACCCAGUCCAACGUUCAGUCCAACAUCCAGUCCAACAUCCAGUCCAACACCCAGUUCUACACCCAGUCCAACGUUCAGUCCAACACCCAGUCCAACACCCAGUUCUACACCCAGUCCAACGUUCAGUCCAACACCCAAUCCAACAUCCAGCUCUAUGCCCAGUCCAACAUCCAGUUCUACACCCAGUCCAACAUCCAGUUCGACACCCAGUCCAACAUCCUGUCCUACACCCAGUCCAACAUCCUGUCCUACACCCAGUCCAACACCCAGUCCAAAACCCAGUCCAACAUCCAGUCCAACACCCAGUUCUACACCCAGUCCAACGUUCAGUCCAGCACCCAGUCCAACAUCCAGCUCUACGCCCAGUCCAACAUCCAGUUCUACACCCAGUCCAAAAUCCAGUCUAACACCCAGUUCUACAUCCAGUCCUACACCCAGUCCAACACCCAGUCCAACAUCCAGUCCAACACCCAGUCCAACACCCAGUCCAACAUCCAGUCCUACACCCAGUCCAACAUCCAGUCCUACAACUAGUCCAACUCCCAGUCCAACAUCCAGUCCAACAUCCAGUCCAACAUUCAGUCCAACACCCAGUCCAGCAUCCAGUUAUACGCCCAGUCCAACACCCAGUCCAACAUCCAGUCCAACAUCCAGCUCUAUGCCCAGUCCAACAUCCAGUCCAACACCCAGUUCUACAUCCAGUCCUACACCCAGUCCAACAUCCAGUCCAACACCCAGUUCUACAUCCAGUCCUACACUCAGUCCAACAUCCAGUCCUACACCUAGUCCAACUCCUAGUCCAACAUCCAGUCCAACAUCCAACUCUAUGCCCAGUCCAACAUCCAGUUCUAUGCCCAGUCCAACAUCCAGUCCAACACCCAGUCCAACAUCCAGUCCAACACCCAGUCCAACAUCCAGUCCAACACCCAGUCCAACACCCAGUCCAAAACCCAGUCCAACAUCCAGUCCAACACCCUGUUCUACACCCAGUCCAACAUUCAGUCCAACACCCAGUCCAACAUCCAGCUCUACGCCCAGUCCAACAUCCAGUUCUACACCCAGUCCAAAAUCCAGUCUAACACCCAGUUCUACAUCCAGUCCUACACCCAGUCCAACACCCAGUCCAACAUCCAGUCCUACACCCAGUCCAACAUCCAGUCCUACAACUAGUCCAACUCCCAGUCCAACAUCCAGUCCAACAUCCAGUCCAACAUUCAGUCCAACAUCCAGUCCAACAUUCAGUCCAACACCCAGUCCAGCAUCCAGUUAUACGCCCAGUCCAACACCCAGUCCAACAUCCAGUCCAACAUCCAGCUCUAUGCCCAGUCCAACAUCCAGUUCUAUGCCCAGUCCAACAUCCAGUCCAACACCCAGUUCUACAUCCAGUCCUACACCCAGUCCAACAUCCAGUCCAACACCCAGUUCUACAUCCAGUCCUACACUCAGUCCAACACCCAGUCCAACAUCCAGUCCUACACCUAGUCCAACUCCUAGUCCAACAUCCAGUCCAACAUCCAACUCUAUGCCCAGUCCAACAUCCAGUUCUAUGCCCAGUCCAACAUCCAGUCCAACACCCAGUUCUACAUCCAGUCCUACACCCAGUCCAGCAUCCAGUUCUACGCCCAGUCCAACACCCUGUCCAACAUCCAGCUCUAUGCCCAGUCCAACAUCCAGUUCUAUGCCCAGUCCAACAUCCAGUCCAACACCCAGUUCUAUAUCCAGUCCUACACGCAGUCCAACACCCAGUCCAACAUCCAGUCCAACAGCCAGUCCUACACCUAGUCCAACAUCCAGUCCAACACCCAGUCCAGCAUCCAGUUCUACGCCCAGUCCAACAUCCAGUCCAACACCCAGUCCAGCAUCCAGUUCUACGCCCAGUCCAACAUCCAGUCCAACACCCAGUCCAACACCCUGUCCAACAUCCAGCUCUAUGCCCAGUCCAACAUCCAGUUCUAUGCCCAGUCCAACACCCUGUCCAACAUCCAGCUCUAUGCCCAGUCCAACAUCCAGUUCUAUGCCCAGUCCAACAUCCAGUCCAACACCCAGUUCUACAUCCAGUCCUACAUGCAGUCCAACACCCAGUCCAACAUCCAGUCCAACAGCCAGUCCUACACCUAGUCCAACAUCCAGUCCAACGUCCAGUCCUACACCUAGUCUAACUCCCAGUCCAACAUUCAAUUCUACACCCAGUCCAACACCCAGUCUGACACCCAAUCCAACAUCCAGUUCUACACUUAGUCCAACACCCAAUCCAACACCCAGUCCUACACCCAGUCCAACACCCAUGUGA